AUGAUGAUUAUAAUAAUUGAAAUAAUGUCUGAGGAAGAAAGCAAGCAACAACCAGAUAAUGGGCCAGUUAAGGCUUUUGCUUUUCAUGAUUUCGAUAAGGACAAAGAGCUAUUAGUAGAAAGCAAAGCUCUUGUAAAAAAACAUCUAGAAGGGGUUGAAGAUGAAAAAAUUCAAAAUUAUUUAUUAAAUAUUCAAAAUCAGAAAUUACAGAAGGAUGCUUUGUACGAACUUGUGAGAUGGGCCUUCCAAUGUAAAAACAAGAUUCUUAUGAUCGAAUUACUUAAGAUUUUAUAUUAUUAUAAAGACCUUCCCUAUAAAAUUCUAGAAAAUGCAGCUGCUAGAUUUUUUAUUGAUACUUUUAAACUGAGUGGACCAGAAAGUAUAUUUUUUUCAGAGAAAGAAAGCGGUUUACAGCUUGGAAGAAAAAUUGUUAUAACUAUUUCUCCUUCUGAAUCAAGGAAGUAUUUUAUUAAAACCCAGAGAUAUGGUGCACUCUCUGAUUUAAGCAUGAGGAGCGAACUAAAAGAAUUAGAUCCGAUAGAGGCUUUUGUUUAUUACCUUCUUUAUCAAUUAAAUUUAGGUCCUGAGGUUCGCUUUUCUGGGAAGAUCAGAUCAAUUUUUAUAUUGCGACAGAGGAUCUGAAUGAGAGAGGAUUAUUUAGCGAGUACAGCAAGCUUUAUGAAAAGCUUCUAG